UUCAUUGCCUCUGUGUAUUUCUUCCAUUUCUACGUCUGACUUCGUCACUUGUAAAGAUCAAAGGCGUCGGUAUUGCUUUCUCUGCAGCUUUCUUGGACUCAUCUCUCACUCUCUUUUACUAUUGGCUCUCCUUUUGCUUCUUCGGUUUCUAUCUAACUUCAUUUUGUAUCUCUGCCUUUCUGAAUCUGUCAAUUUCCCCUGUUCUCUAGCUUCUGGGUUCUGGCGAGUUAUCGAAUCUCAGUUUCCCCUGCUUCUCAGCUCUGACUCUUCUUCUAUUUCUUCCCGAUUUGAUUGACGAAAUGGCCAUAAAAACAAUUGACUUGCUAAAAGGCUGUGCAUCACCAGAAGAGAUAAUGGAGGUUCUGGCAUCGGUGGCUUUAGAAUUAGGAGACGUGACAGAUGAUAUGGAUGCCUUGCAGGUUGUGCCUUUGAAGGGAGCCAUGACCAAUGAAGUCUUUCAGAUAAACUGGCCAACCAAAAACGGUGAUUCUCUCAGAAAAGUUCUGGUUCGUUUGUACGGUGAAGGUGUUGAAAUUUUCUUCAAUAGGGAAGAAGAAAUUCGGACCUUUGAGUGUAUCUCCAAGCACGGCCAGGGUCCUCGCCUCCUUGGCCGGUUCUCCACCGGUCGGGUUGAGGAGUUCAUCCACGCCAGAACACUCUCAGCUGCCGACCUACGAGACCCGGAAAUAUCGGCUUUAAUAGCAUCUAAGAUGAGGGAGUUCCAUAAUCUUCAUAUGCCAGGUCCAAUGAAAGUUCAGCUUUGGCAGAGAAUAAGGAACUGGCUAAGUCAGGCCAAACGUUUGUGUUCCCCAAAGGAUAGCAAGAAAUUUGAGUUGAAAUAUCUGGAUGAGGAAAUAAAUAUGCUGGAGAAGUCAUCCGAUAGGUGUCAAGAAAUUGGUUUCUGUCACAACGACCUACAAUAUGGUAACAUAAUGAUGGAUGAAGAAACCAGAUCAAUCACUAUAAUUGAUUAUGAAUAUGCAAGUUACAAUCCUAUUGCAUAUGACCUGGCAAAUCACUUUUGUGAAAUGGCGGCCAAUUACCACACUGACACACCUCAUGUGCUGGACUACUGUAAAUAUCCAAGUUUGGAGGAGCGCAAAAGAUUUGUUCGCAUUUAUUUAAGUUCUGAAGGCAAGAGGCCUAGCAAUGAAGAAGUGGAGCAGUUAGUGGAAGAUGUAGAGAAAUACACUCUUGCAAACCAUCUUUUCUGGGGCUUGUGGGGACUUAUUUCGAGUUAUGUCAAUAAGAUUGACUUUGACUACAAGGAGUAUGCAAGUCAGAGGUUUAGGCAAUACUGGUUAAGGAAGCCUAUUCUGUUGGACUCAACUCACUCGGCAUCAUAUAUGGAUUUGUGAAUAGAGAAAUCUGCUUAUGUCUUUCAGGCUGUUGUUUGCUUACCUUGAGUCAUUUUCAGCUUAGCAUGUAUAAUUUGAUGAAUAAUAGUGGAAACUGUAAAGGGCAUGAUUUACAGUAUGUAUGUGUGUAUAUAUCUCAUAGAUAAGGUCAGCAAUGAGUGACGCGCUUUGAUUAGUUUUUACAAAGGCCUUGCCUAACACUUCUUAUACUGAAAUUGAAAAGGAAGAUUAAGAUUGAGAAUCCCUAGUUAUAUCAUUUC